UCUCGCUUAAAGUCAGUGAUAGCUAGGCGUCUGUCAUCUUAGCAUUGUUUUCGUGAGAAUCAUAAUAUUAUAAACAUUCAAAAAUAGCAUUACAAUGAGCUGGACUCGUGUGGUUGCCAUAACGGGAUGCGACAGCGGCCUUGGCUGGGCUCUCGCAGCCCGUUUGGCCCGAGAAGGUCUAAUUACUGUGGCAGGCAUGUACAAUGGAACUGAUACUGAAGCAUCAUAUGCCUUAAAAAGUUUAUGCGCUCAUCCCCAUAAACUUGACGUGACGGACCCUGAAAGUAUUGCAAAGUUUUAUGGUUAUGUAAAACAUCUUCUAGAACAAAAUCCAGAGUAUAAAUUAUACGCAUUGGUAAAUAACGCUGGCGUGAUGACAAUCGCGGACUACGAAAUACAAACCCCUCAUAUUAUUGAGAACACCAUUAACGUUAAUUUACUGGGGUCGAUGAGAAUGGCGUCUGCAUUUCUUCCUGAUCUCAGAAGAACCGCUUCAGAGGGUAUUGUGCAACCACGUAUAAUAAAUAUAGCAAGUCAUUGUGGACUACAGCCAUUGCCUAGGUUUGGACCAUACAGUGCAAGCAAGGCUGGCUUAUUGGCAUGGACGCGGUCACUACGGUUGGAAUAUUCUGGAAACGGUUUGAACGUCGCGGCAUUUGUACCUGGCGGAUUUGUGGGUGCCAGUAACCUCAUGUUCACUCAAAAAUGUCAAGAAGAUGCAAUAUUAAAGAAUAUGACUGAUGAACAGAAGCCAAUAUACGAAUCUAAAAUAUUAACACUGAAUAAUUACUUGUGCCAGAACACACAGAAAAGUAGAUUUGAUGCGCUGAGAGAUGAGAAUAUUAUAGAGACGUUUAUGAAAGUAAUACACGACGAAAAGCCGAAAUUAUUAUACAAGGUGGAGACUUGGCGAUACAAAUUCUAUUAUACGUUAAUGAAAAUUCCAUUUCCGGAAUCUUUCCAUUUAUGGAUUAUCAAGAAAUUCUUACGAUUUCCUAAUUGAAAUUGAUUAAUUAUGGGCCAACAUUUUAUUAUUAUUAUCGAUGAGAUAAUAAUGAAUAUA